GGCUCCUACAGCUAUGGACUGGGCGAAUUCACUGAACCAAUCCAGGCUCAACUCUUCUACUCCAGCCUCUUCUUUCUCUUCAUCCAUGUCUGACUCUUCAUACACCUUCUCCUCCUCCUGCUGCAACUCUUCUCACCCCGUCUUCUCCACCUCCCCGUUCUCUGCCCCUUCCUUUUCUGGCCUGGAGCUCCUGUCCGACCUGAAGCCCAUCUUCAUUCCUCUCUACUCUGUCGUGGUGCUGGUCGCCUGCUCCAGCAACCUCCUCCUGCUCUUUCUCAUCUGGUACAACAAGAAAAGACACAACACCACAAACUUCCUCAUCAGCAAUCUGGCACUGGUCGACCUGGUCAUGUGCAUUUUCUGCAUCCCUGUGACUGCAUCUUAUGCUUUUGACCAACGUGGCUGGGUGUUUGGUCCCCACAUGUGUCAUUUUGUCACUGUCAUGCAGUCUGCAGCUGUCUAUGCAGCGGUCCUGUCCCUCAUGGCCAUCGCGGUGGAUAGAUACGUGGUUGUGGCUUAUCCCAUUCGCAAAAGAGCAGGUUGCCAGUUCUGCUGGGGUCUGGUGGUCCUGAUCUGGCUGUCCUCUCUGGCUUUAUCUACACCUACGGCACUUCACACCGUCCACCUUGACCUGCGGGCAGCGGGGCUGCAGAUGACAGUGUGUGAGGAGUUCUGGGAUGGCCAGGAGCGAGGCCGCCUCAUCUACUCUUGUUUCAUUCUAUUCUUCUCCUACUUUCUUCCACUGGCUGCUGUCUCCAUUUCCUACUGUGCUAUAACCCAUCAUCUGAAGCAGAGGACCAUGUCAGGCUUGACGGCGUGUGAGGAGUUGAGAUCCGCAAGGGCUGCAUGGAGCAGACGGAGGAGGAAGACCUUCUACCUGCUGCUGGUGUCUGUCCUCUGUUUUGCCUUCUCGUGGCUUCCCUUACAGGUGGUGAAUCUGAUCCGGGACCUGGACACAGACUUCUCUAUCUUAGGGAAGAAUUACGUGAACACCAUCCAGGUGUCAACUCACCUGCUCGCCAUGAGCUCCGCCUGCUACAACCCUUUUAUUUACGCCUCAUUGCAUGACAAGUUCCUGUCCUACCUGUGCCGCAACUUCCUGUCCCGAAGGAGAAGAAAAGGAAAGGACGGGGGUCAAUUGUCAAGCAUCCUGACAAUGUCACACAGAGUGCAGCGCCUUCCCACCUCCACGACUAUGGCAGAUUGAUCAGGUGCUGUUGUAAAUAACGGCAUACCUCAAGUAGGAUGGCUUGUCAUCACCCGCUUUACACGUUGUUUCGCUUGAAUACUCACAAGAAUGAUAUCUGCUGGUGUAUUCCAGGGUUACUUCUCCACUCCAAAUUGAAUCUGAAUAUUGUCAGUCUUCAUACUGACAAGCAAAUUGACUAGGCUAUAAAGAAAUUCCAUUUACAGCACACCCAAACUUACUAAAAACUCACCAAGCAAAAGCGACGCUUUCAUAAAGUAGCCACGGUUUGUACAGCAUAGCACAGUCACAAACAAAUACGCUCGCCGUCUCUUUGACCGAAUUUCUACAAGUGUAAAAAUGUUAGCCUGUUUUGAAUUAAAAGAUAUACAGUAUGAGUGUAAUGAUUUAUAUUUUAACAAAUGUAUAGGCUACUGAAAGUCUAUUUAGCUUUGAAAAUAUGCCACUGUGGUUUUAAAAAUAUACACAAUCAAUUACAGAGCGUGCUGUUCUAAUCUAAAUGUUUAGUUGCCAUUCUUGUCCACUUUAACUGAUAGUGUAUUAGGGUAAUUGUGUGUAUUACAUGUGUUUUCUAUUCCAUUUUGUUGAAUGUCAUUGUUUAAACAGGGUUAUUUAAAGCAACGUUCCCACUUCAUUCAUUUGUUGGUCGUGUGAUAUAACAGGAACAUGAAGCGUUUCUGUGAUAUUGAAAGAAUUAUAUAUUUGUCAUUCACUUUGGUAUUGAGCCACUUCUGCCUUCACUGACAUUUGAUGAACAAAACGCAGCAAAAUCUGCAGCUGUUUAAAUAUCAACCUCUACACGGUGAGAAAAAAAAGCAUUGUUCAUUGUAAAACAGUAAAGAGUGAAUACAUGUUAAAUAGCAUUUUAUGAAUAGAGAAAUAAAAGGUUUACAACUUCAUUGGGCCAUGAUCUGACUUCCAAGUAAAUGCAAAUGAUGAGUUAACUUGUGGUGAAUUUCUUUUACAGAAUGUGUUUGUUUAAAUAUUGUUCAAGUUGUACCACUUGAAUCACUUGUAGGCCUAUUACUGAUUGGGCUUUGACAGCUCAGAGCAUUUCUGCUGGAAGAUAAGUCACUUUACCUGAAAACAACCAUUCGAGUGAGUAAUGCACCAUUGCAGGAGUUCUCAGAAUUUUCCAACCCGCCACCUUGUUUGUAAG